AGACGAGUAAAAAAGAAAACGAAGAUAAACAGAGAUGAAGAAACGAGACUGGCUUUCACGUAAAUAGUCAGUCUUUGCCUCUGGAACUGGGUGACACAAAGCGUGGACUGUCUGAGACGCUCUGUGGAGAAACAGGAGAUAUUUAAAUACCUUUACCGCUGCGGGGCAAGACUUGCCCCUGUGUUAAAGUCUGCCAGCAUAUUAGCCUGAACAGACCCGUCAGACCAUGAACUACGUGGGCCAGCUGGCGGGCCAGGUGUUCGUCCAGGUCAAGGAGCUGUACCGAGGCCUCAACCCCGCCACCCUCUCCGGCUGCAUCGACGUGAUCGUGGUGAGGCGGCCCGACGGCUCGCUGCACUGCUCGCCCUUCCACGUGCGCUUCGGGAAAAUGGGCGUCCUGCGCUCCCGAGAGAAAGUGGUGGACAUAGAAAUCAACGGAGAACCGGUGGAUCUUCACAUGAAGCUUGGGGACAAUGGAGAGGCGUUCUUCGUGCAGGAAACAGAAAACGAUCAGGAAGUUGUUCCCUCCCACUUGGCCACCUCUCCCAUCUUGUCAGAUGGGGCCGUUUUGAUGAGCUCCCCCCUGCUGGGGAAGAACUCGGGGUCUCCCGUACAGAACCUGGGCUCCCUGGGGAGCGGUGGAGAGAACAAGAAGAGGAGGAAGAGGAGGAGGAAGAGCCGGGCGGACAGCACGAGGAGGGAGGAGAGCGGAGACUACUCGGCGAACGAAGACAUGUUUUCCAUCGACAUGAGCUCUGACGAAGACGGGGAAAUGGAGAGCAACAGGUUGUCUUCUCGAGAUAUUUUAGGAGACGAGACAACAGCUGCUACCAGCGGCGGUUCUUUCAAACAGGGUGGGGUCUACGCUCGUUCCGAUGGAGGAUGGAGCCCAGUCCAGAGCCCUGGCAACUCUCGCCCCUCCUCACCGAAGAGCGACUCAGAACUGAUCACUAAUCUGUCGGACGCAGACAAUCAGAAUCCUGCCAUGCUCUGGGCGUGGGGAGAGCUGCCGCACGCCGCCACGCCUUCUUUCCUCCCUCUGAAGCCCAGCCCACAGCCUGUUUGUCAUUUAUCCAUCCCCGUGACUAAGAAAACACACUUCCGCGUCAUACCCCACGAGAUACCUGCACCCCGGCUGCCGACGGAGGAGGAAACGGCGGGGAUGGAGUUCGAAUCCACGGAGGGGAAAACUCAGACGGUAACCACAGAGACGCAGGCGGUGGCGGACGCGGAGGAGACGGCGCCUCGUCCUCACGGGAAGACAGACUCUCCGUGUAAGAGAAAAGACAAAAGGAGCCGUCAUCUUGGUUCUGAUGGAAUCUACCUGGAUGAUAUUACAGAACUGGAGCCUGAGGUGGCUGCGCUGUAUUUCCCUAAAAGUGACAGCAGUUCAACUKUGAGAAGCAUCUCCGACCCGGGGCCCCACAGCACCAGUCAGUCCCCACAGUCCGUCAGCUCGGGAGGGGACAGCGGCGUGGACAGCUACUGUGACCCCAUGUCUGACCUCCCAUCUAUCGCCGUCUCCCUGUGUGGGGGGCUCACCGACAACAAGGGGAUCACCGCAGAGCAUUUUAACGAGAAGAUCAUUUCUUAUCAGCAGUUUACAGAAAACCCCUCCAUCAUCGACGACCCUAACUUAGUUGUGAAAAUUGGCUCAAAGUACUUUAACUGGAGCACUGCGGCUCCACUUGUGCUCGCUAUGCAAGUCUUUCAGAAACCCCUGCCAAAGGCCACAGUGGAGAAGAUUAUGACGGAGAAGAUGCCCAAGAAAGGAGGAAGGUGGUGGUUCUGGAGGGGCAGAAACAUCAAAUCAGAUUCGGUAGCCGAAGGUGGAGCUUGUGGUUCUGAUCAACAGGCUGGGCUCAUGGAAAUCAGACAUAAAGAAGAGUCGUCUUCCAGUGACGAAGACCACCUUGCAGCCAAGCAGAGCUCUCUGAUGCUCCAGUCCGAGCCUGGACUCCCAUCAGGAGGCGUCUCUUACAAGAAAACACUCCGCCUGACCUCGGAGCAGCUGCUGUCCCUUCAGCUGCAGGACGGCCCCAAUGACGUGGUGUUCAGUGUGACCACUCAGUAUCAGGGAACCUGCCGCUGUCAGGGAACCAUCUACCUCUGGAACUGGGAUGACAAGAUCGUCAUCUCUGACAUCGACGGAACCAUCACCAGAUCAGACACGUUGGGUCACAUCCUGCCCACCCUUGGGAAAGACUGGACACAUCAGGGAAUUGCCAACCUUUACCACAAAGUCAGCCAAAACGGCUACAAGUUCCUGUACUGUUCAGCUCGAGCGAUCGGCAUGGCUGAUAUGACCAGAGGCUACCUCAACUGGGUCAACGAGAGAGGCACCAUGCUGCCGAUGGGCCCCGUCCUCCUGAGCCCGAGCAGCCUUUUCUCAGCUCUGCAUAGGGAGGUGAUCGAGAAGAAGCCGGAGAAGUUUAAAGUGGAGUGCCUCACAGACAUCAAGCACCUCUUCUACCCGAACGCACAGCCGUUCUACGCAGCGUUUGGCAACAGACCGACGGACGUUUUUUCAUAUAAAGAAGUCGGAGUGCCACUAAACAGGAUUUUUACGGUCAACCCCAAAGGAGAACUGGUGCAGGAGCACGCCAAGACCAACAUCUCUUCAUACGUCCGUCUGGGCGAGGUGGUGGACCACGUGUUUCCCCUCAAAGACCGAUCCUCCUCMUCGGACUUCCCCUGCUCGAACACCUACAGCCACUUCACCUACUGGAGGGAGCAGUUCCCCCGGGUGGACGACCGGGAAGCGACGCCUCCUCAGAUUCCCAGCUCCAGCAGCUGAUCSAACCUGCCGAGCUUCUUCCGACUGACUGAAAUGUAGCAGCGAUUUGUGCAGUUGUAGUUACGAGCGUGAGAUGCACUGUUGUAAAUUCUCGAAGCACUUUUUUUCCUACAUAGCAGAGAGUUGAUCAAUCUGCCWCGAUUAGUCUUAAGGACAAAACGGAGAUAGGAGCACUUUUAUCAUACAACUAAAUAUGUACAUUUUGGAGAAAUACUGUUAUUUAUUCAGGCAGGUUAGCAUUAAGUGAGUGUAUUUUAGACAAUGUAAUUAUAUGACGUUAGUAGCACAACUUGUUUUUAUUUUAGACCAUUUAAAAACGUAUGAUAUCCGUUCAGGAGUGCUGAGCGUACUCCAAAAAAGCAAGUUACACAAACGUGUGCCAAACAUUUAAUGCGAAUCUUUUUAUCUUACUUCAAACUUCCUCAAUCGGCACAGAAAUGCAUUUCUUUACCUUUUUAUAUCUGUGAGCAAGGUUUUUGGUGCUGUUUGCAAGAAAUCAAUCACAUCAAUAUUAGCAUUUUAUGUUCUUUUAAAGCACAGUGAAACCUAUUGACUUAGCUGGAUUAGUCUGUAGAAAAGCACAAUACCUAUAGCUGCCUUUAAGGUGAUCCUAAUUUAUGAAAUGAAUUUAUUUUUUAUGAGUUUCAGUGCAUGAUAUAACACUUUUUGUUGUAGCAUCUUUUAUCAGUUUUACCUUUUACUUUGAAAGGACAAUCAGUCAUGGUAUUAACAGAAUUGUUUUUCUUUGCAAACACUGAAAUCUUUAUUUCUUAAAUCACCUCAGACAUUAUGCAACUACGUAAGCAGGGACCAUUGUUAAAGUCUCCUGCCUAUUGCAGUAUGUGAGUACAAGCAGCUUUAUUGUCGUGACAUCAAACCUUCAGUAUUGUUUAUKAGAGAAGAUGUGUUACAUAACGUCUGUUAUUCUUUCCAUGAAAGAGCUACAACAGCCUGAAAGGAUUUUAUCUUGGCCUUUACUGUGAACACGAUUUGGUAUCUGUUCUUCAUCGACCAGUUUGUUGUUAAAGUGGUCUCAUUAAACUCAGUGAACGUGC